UCUCCGCAGAGUGGUCCAGCGCGGGGGGCGUGUGCGCUGCUGCAGAGCCCAGUGACAGUGGGCGCUCUUCGGCUUCUUGUGCUCCUCUGGUCCGUCUGCUCCUCUCGGCUCCUCUACCUGCUGUGCACUGCCUCCACCCCGCCUAGGACGCUCCAAACAUGGCCAACAAUGCCCCCCCGAAGCGCCAGGACACCAGGAAAUUUUUCGAGAAUUUAUCCGGAGAAGGCAAAUCCAUUGCGGUGCUCACCAGCGGAGGAGAUGCCCAAGGGAUGAAUGCAGCGGUUCGGGCGGCGGUCCGAAUGGGGCUCUAUGUGGGGGCCAAAGUCUACUUCAUCCAUGAGGGUUACCAGGGGAUGGUGGACGGAGGGGACAACAUCCAAGAGGCAUCAUGGGAAAGCGUCUCCAGCAUGUUACAAGUGGGGGGGACAGUGAUCGGCAGUGCACGUUGUAAAGAGUUCCGCACUCACGAGGGACGUCUCCGUGCAGCGUUAAACCUCGUCCAGAGAAACAUCACAAACCUGUGCGUGAUCGGAGGAGACGGAAGUCUGACAGGAGCCAAUCUGUUCAGAGAGGAGUGGAGCGGACUGCUGCAGGAGCUGAGGGAGCAAGGUCAGAUAGAUCAGUCUGCAGUGGACAGUAACUCGGUGCUUCACAUCGUGGGCAUGGUGGGCUCCAUCGAUAAUGACUUCUGUGGCACAGACAUGACCAUCGGCACCGACUCUGCUCUGCACCGCAUCAUCGAGGUGGUGGACGCCAUCAUGACUACUGCACAGAGUCACCAGAGGACGUUUGUGCUGGAGGUCAUGGGACGUCACUGUGGAUACCUGGCCCUGGUGAGCGCUCUGGCCUGUGGAGCAGACUGGGUCUUCAUCCCUGAGAUGCCUCCUGAGGACGGCUGGGAGGACAGCAUGUGCCAGAAGCUCUCUGAGAACCGCGCUGAUAAAAAACGUUUGAACAUCAUCAUCGUCGCAGAGGGAGCCAUCGACCAACAGAACAAGUCCAUUACCGCUGACAACAUCAAGAAUAUGGUGGUGACUCGUCUGGGGUUCGACACCAGAGUGACCAUCCUGGGACAUGUGCAGAGAGGAGGGACUCCAUCUGCCUUCGACCGCAUCCUGGCGAGUCGUAUGGGCGUGGAGGCCGUCCUGGCUCUGCUGGAGGCCUCCGCAGACACACCCGCCUGUGUGGUGUCUCUCGUGGGGAACCAGGCUGUUAGACUGCCCCUCAUGGAGUGUGUGCAGAUGACUCAGGAGGUGCAGAAGGCCAUGGAUGAGAAGAAGUUUGAGGAGGCAGUCCGACUACGGGGAAGGAGCUUUGAGAAUAACCUGACAACCUACAGGCUGCUGUCAUCCCGUAAAGCCGACUCUGAACUGCCAACUAGUAACUUUAACGUAGCGGUCCUGAACGUGGGCGCUCCGGCCGCUGGGAUGAACGCCGCCGUGCGCUCUGCCGUCAGAGUGGGAAUCACAGAAGGACACAAGAUGUUUGCAGUGAGCGACGGCUUCGAAGGACUCUACAAGGGACAGAUUAAAGAGAUCACCUGGGGCGACGUGGGGGGGUGGACCGGUCAGGGAGGCUCUCUGCUGGGGACCAAGAGGACUCUCCCAGGGAAGCAUCUGGCUCAAAUCGCACACCAGAUGAAGCUUCACAACAUCAAUGCGCUGCUCGUCAUUGGAGGAUUUGAGGCCUACGUCGGCCUAUCAGAGCUGGCCGCCGCUCGGGACGCACACGAGGAGCUUUGCGUUCCCAUGGUGAUGGUCCCGGCAACCGUAUCCAACAACAUUCCAGGGUCCGACCUGAGCAUCGGCUCCGACACCGCCCUCAACGCUAUUACACAUGCCUUUGAGUCGCUGCUGCAGUUGUAUGCGGCUCGCUCUCAGUACCAGGAGCUGUGUAUUCCCAUGUGCAUGUUACCCUUCACCAUCAGCAGUAACAUCCCCGGGACAGAUCUGUGCUUGGGCGCGGACACUGCCCUCAACGCCAUCGUCCAGACAUGUGAUCGGAUCAAGCAGUCGGCAAGUGGGACCAAACGCAGAGUCUUCAUCAUCGAGACCAUGGGCGGGUACUGCGGUUACCUGGCAACCGUGGGCGGUCUGGCGGCGGGCGCGGACUCAGUCUACAUCUACGAGGAGCCGUUUGACAUCCGCGACCUGCAGGCAAACGUAGAGCAUCUGACGGAGAAGAUGAAGACGAGUAUACAGCGAGGGAUCGUGCUGCGGAAUGAAAACUGUAACGAGAACUUCACCACAGACUUCAUGUACCAGCUGUACAGCGAGGAAGGCAAGGGCGUGUUUGACUGCCGCAAGAACAUUCUGGGCCACAUGCAGCAGGGGGGCGCGCCGUCUCCGUUUGACAGAAACUUUAGCACCAAAAUCGCUGCUAAGGCCAUGCAGUGGAUCACCCGCAGCCUGCAGGAGUCCUACAAGGGAGGGCGUGUGUUUGCCAACUCAGAGGACACGGCUUGUCUGUUGGGGAUGCGGCGCAGGGCUCUGGUGUUCCAACCUCUGUCUCACCUGCAGAAGGAAACCGACUUUGUUCACCGUAUCCCUAAGGAGCAGUGGUGGCUGAAGCUCCGCCCCCUGAUGAAGAUUUUGGCCAAAUACAAAACAAGUUACGACGUUUCCGACUCGGGUCAACUAGAGCAUUUGGCCCGGGUCAGACCCAAGGACACCCACACCUCUGCCGCCAUCUGAGACCACCCCCUACUGGAGCAUUUGACCCGGGUCAGAUCCAAGGACACCCACACCUCUGCCGCCAUCUGAAACUGAGGGGAUUAGCUUAAAGUUAAAAUGACAAAUUUGUGAGCUCAAUUUCUAACAAAAAAGAUUAAGAGUUUAUGGAUUUUCCUGACAAUUAUUUGAC